CAUCCCAGCAUACCUCGUGUGUCUAACGGCUUCGGACCGUACACUCGUUGAAAUAUUUUGCAGGCCUGUUUUUUUUUUUAAAUUAUCAGGUCAAUAAUCUGGACCGGACCAUAUUGUAUUAUCCUACAAUUAGUACCAUGCAAAGUAUUUUAUAUAGAUAAAUCUCACUUUAGCACGGCGAAUGUAAAGGGGUUUCUAGCUAGCAAGUGAGUUUGGGGCCGGCUAGCUAACGUUACUGUUGUACGGAUUCGAACAAGAAUUCCUAAUCAGAUGGAGCUGGAGUCGGAAAGAACCGAAUUUGGAGCUAUGGGUGACUCGCUUCAACCUCAAACCCCAAGUCGACACGAGAAGAGUCUAGGAUUGCUUACAACCAAAUUUGUAUCUUUGCUACAAGAGGCCAAGGAUGGAGUUCUAGACCUGAAAGCAGCAGCAGACACCCUAGCUGUAAGACAGAAGCGGCGCAUCUACGACAUCACCAAUGUGCUUGAGGGCAUCGGACUGAUCGAGAAGAAGUCUAAGAACAGUAUUCAGUGGAAGGGUGUUGGUCCUGGCUGUAACACACAGGAGAUAGCCGAUAAACUCAUUGAUCUGAAGGCAGAACUGGAUGAUCUGGACAAGCGGGAGCACGAGUUGGAUCAACAGAGGGUCUGGGUCCAGCAGAGCAUCAUGAACGUCACAGACGACUCGCAGAACAGCCCUAUGGCUUAUGUAAAACACGAAGACCUCUGUAGUGCUUUCAAAGGUGACACUCUCCUAGCUAUCCGCGCUCCCACAGGCACACAACUGGAGGUGCCCAUACCUGAGUCGGUACUGAUUGGACAGAAGAAGUAUCAGAUCCGUCUCAAGAGCUCAGCAGGACCCAUUGAGGUUCUCCUUGUGAACAAGGACCCAUCCAGCCCGUCUCCAGUGGUACUGUCCGUCCCCCCACCCGAGGACAUGCUCCAGAGCCUUCCAGUGCCUGCUGCUGCCAACACAAAACCGACACCUACUGCCCCCUCACAGCCCAGCCAGCCUCUGGCCCACUCCUCCAACCCCAGUCCUGCCACACUCUUACCUGCCUGCACAGCUACUUCUAAUCAGGCAGUCACCACUGCAGUGUCCAGCACACCGACUACAAACACACCCACACCCACUACAAACACAAAUGCCCAAUUGACUCCCCUGUUGGACACCCAGCCUCUCCAGUCCUCUGCCUCAUUGGAUGGCUGCUGUUCUUCUUCAGCAGUCUUUGAACCAAUCAAGGCUGACCCCUCAGAAUUGCUGUAUUUCCCCAAAGAACUUUCAGACAUGUUUGACCCGACUAAAGAGAUCAUGAGUGCAGACCUGUUGGAGGAGUUGAUGUCUUCCGAGGUGUUCUCUCCACUCCUCCGUCUAUCUCCCCCUCCGGGUGACCACGACUACAUAUAUAACCUGGACGAAACUGAAGGCCUGUGUGACCUCUUUGAUGUUCCGAUUCUUAACCUUUGACCUCUGAGCUGAGUUCCCAAAAAAAGUAUUAUGUAAGGAAAUUUAAGAAUCAUUUUUACCAUUUUCUAUGGAAAAAAACAAAUGUGUGAUUCUAUUUUUGGAUCCUGGUGUAUUAUAAGAUUUUUCUGUGUAAACAAUUAAGUGUUUUUAUGUCGUACCCAAAUAUUUCCACUAAACAUUGGCAGCAAAUGUUUGAGGGCGUAGUGGCUUUAGGUUAGAUAAAAAGGGGUACAGUCCUCUCCAAUCUGAACGGAUGAUCUCUCGGGUGAAAUGCCUCGCAUUCAUGCUGACCUGUGAUUAACUCUAUUCCCUCAUUUAUCUAUGUUUGAAAUAUAUAUGUAACAAACUGGCAACGGCAGUCAUCACACUCUGAUCCUCAUCAACUCGGUGUCAACAGAUUCAAAGACACCUAGGCAGCUGCAUACACUCGGACAGUACGCACGAAUGUGUACAGAUACACAGCUGAUCAAAGUUAUGCGCUUUUGUUCUGUAUAUAGAGAAUAUUUAUAUUUUGUAUUAAUAGCCUUUGUGGAGUUGUGUAUAAUGAACUACAUGUGAAAUACAUUGAGACAGCAGUAGUGAACUAGGGUGCCAAACAAAGACAGAGAAAGUUGCAGUGUUUCAGAUGUAGCUCGCAUUGGAUCAACUGCUACACGUUUAUCAUUCACUUUGGUCCCCUUGCGUUGUUUUGUCAGUAAGUUUAAUUUCUUACUCAUUUCAUUCACUUUUCAACAUUGUGUGUGGCUCUUGUUUUUUCUUGCAAAUUAUGUAUAUGAAUAUUAUUUUAUUCAGUCUGUUUCUAAAAUUAUUAUUAUUAUUUUUUUUUACAGAUACAGUAAUUCGUUCCUAUGAAGUAGGGGUUAGUGCUUUGAGAACUGGUCUAUAGUCUGUAUAUGUUGCUCAGAACUGUGUUCAAUACAAAAAACGUUCCCCAACAUGCUUUCACCAUGACUAUGGAAACACAAAUGUUGACUUUGUUCUUUUUGUGAGAGAAUAUUUAUUUAAAUGUUCCUUCUGUUUUCAUUCUUGUUUUCAUUCGUUCCCAGAAUACAUUGUUUCCCUUUUAUUAUAGACGAGCAUUUUUUAUACACCACUAUAACAACACUACCGUUCAAAAGUUUGGGGUCACUUAGAAAUGCCCUUGUUUUUGAAAGAAAAGCACAUUUUCUGUCCAUUAAAAUAACACCAAGUUGAUCA